GCUGUGCUCUUGCAUCGCUGCGCGCUGCCGACGAUGCUCAGCGCCAGCGCGGUGCCGCUCCGGGCGCUCGCCGUCGUCGCCGUCCUCCUCCUCCUCCUCCUCGCCACGGCGCGCGGCCCUUCUUUCCUCCUCGGGGGAUACGAGCCCACCAGCAUCGCGGCGACGCUGCAGCAGCCGCCCGGUUCUUCCUCCUCCUCCACCUCCUCUUCUUCUUCUUGGAUCAAGAGCGCGCGGCCUGCCGCCGCCGCCGUCCGGGUGCCGAGGGACUGCGACAUCUUCCGCGGCGAGUGGGUGCCCGCCGGCGCGGCGGACGACGGGGCGGCGCCGUACUACACGAACUCGACCUGCGGGGAGAUCCAGGAGCACCAGAACUGCAUGAAGUACGGCCGCCCGGACCUCGGGUUCCUGCGGUGGCGGUGGCGGCCUGAGCGGUGCGAGCUGCCGCGGUUCGACGCGGCGGCGUUCCUGGAGCUCGUCAGGGGCAGGUCGAUGGCGUUCGUCGGCGACUCGCUCGCCAGGAACCACAUGCAGUCGCUCAUGUGCCUCCUCUCCAAGGUGGAGCACCCCAAGGAGGUGUCCAAGUCACCGGAUCCGGAGUUCAGGACGGUGCACUACGAGUCCCACAACUUCACCGUCGCCGCCUUCCGGUCGCCGUAUCUCGUCACGGCGAACCAGUCGGACCCCGCCAGCGGGAGGUGGGACCUCUACCUCGACGAGCCGGACGCCGCCUGGGUGGCCGGCGUGGCGGGCUUCGACUACGCCGUCGUCUCCACGGGGACCUGGUUCAACCGCCCCACCGUGUUCUACGAGGGCGGCCGCCUCGCCGGCUGCCACGACUGCCUCCUCCGGGGCGUCCCGGCCCUCACGCUGCGCUACUCCCUCCGCACGGCGUUCCGCACCGCGCUGCGCGCGCUCGCCGCCGGCGGCGCGGCGGGCUUCGGCGGCACGGUGAUCGUGCGGACGGUGUCGCCGACGUCGCACUUCGAGGGCGGGGAGUGGGACAGGGGCGGCGACUGCCGGCGGACGCGGCCGUACGCGGCGAACGAGACGCGGAUGGCCGGGCUGGACCUCGACUUCCACACGGUGCAGGUGGAGGAGUUCAGGAGGGCGGCGGCCGCGGCGAGCGGCGGCGCGGCGAGGAUGCUGCUGAUGGACACGACGGCGGCGAUGGUGCCGCGGGCGGACGGGCACCCGAGCCGGUACGGGCACUGGGCGCACGAGAAGGUGACGCUGUACAACGACUGCGUGCACUGGUGCCUCCCCGGCCCGAUCGACUUGUGGAACGAGAUGCUGCUGCAGAUGCUGCUGCGUCAUCAGUCGCCGGAGUUUUCUUCUUGAUCUUUUUGUACUGUACUAGUCUUUUUUUUGUUUGACUCUCUACUUGCUUUGCCGUUUCUGAAAGAAAUCAAAGGAAAUCAGAGCCGGAGUAAUUGCGCUGUAUGAUGGCUACUAUUGAUGAACGAAA